AUGGCCACAAAAAAGUAGUGUUUUUAUGAAGUUUUAGAGUUGAACAAAGACUGUACAUAUGAAGAAAUCAAAGCAGCUUAUAAAAAGUUUGCAUUAAAAUACCAUCCAGAUAAAAACAGGGAUAAACCAGAAGAAGCUAAGCUGAAAUUUUAAGAAAUUUCUGAAGCAUAUACAGUUUUAAGUGAUCCUGAUAAAAGAGCUACUUAUGACAAAUAUGGAACUAUUGAUGAAGAUGAAAUAGGAUUUGAUUAUGAUUAGUUUAUGUAGGAAUUUGAAGUAAAUGAUUUUGGUCACUUUAUGUCAGCAAUGAUGGGAGAUAUGUUCUUCACAGAAUUUAACAACUUUACACAUCGUGGUAGAGGUCAAAAGAAGAAAUAUGGAAAAAGAAGACAAAACAAUUAAGAUCCUUUCUCUAAUUUCUUUACAAUUAAAUUUAAUACUGGUGCUACUACAAAAUAAUAAAAAAAGCCUGAAGAUGAAGAGUGGGAAACUGACUCUGAAGAUGAAUCUAACAAGAAAAAGAACAAAGAUGAUGAAGAAAACGAAUGGACAGAUGAAGAAGAUGAAGAUGAAGAUUACAGUGAUGAAGAAGAUGAAGACUAAUAAGAUGAUAAAAAAGAUGAGUAAAAGGAAGGUGAAUAAAAAGAAGGUGAAUAAAAAGAGAAAAAAGAAGGGGAAGGAUAGGAAAAAAAGCCAAAGAAGAAAGUGAAGCCUUCUUCCGAUGAAAUAAAAAUGAGCGAUUUCAUGUAGUUUGGAAUGAUGGAUCCUUUUUCUAUGAUGAUGGGAUUAGAAUUUGGUGGUUAAAGCAACACAGAAAUGAUGGCUAUGUAUGAAUUUACUGCUUAAAAUAUUAAAAUGCUUAAAGGAGACAAGAUUCAAUGUAAGUUAUGUGAUGAAGACAUGGUUGAAGAAGAUGCAUGUGAUCAUUUCGAAAAUGAUCAUGAAGAAGAGUUUUAAGAAUUUAAAAAAGAUUUCAUGAAGAAAUUUGGUAAAAAAGGCAAGAAAAAUAAAUGA